AUGUUUACUCUUCUUGUAUACCUCUCCUUCCACUUCAGUCUGUUGUUCACCAUCACUUCCAGUGACACUCCACCUUACACGCCCACAGAUUAUAUUCUGAUCAACUGUGGCUCAUCCUCAAACGCAACUUCAACCGAUGGCCGACACUGGGAAGGCGAUGUGGGCUCAAAAUUCUUGCCGAACGACGUUGCAAAUAUUUCAUUAGCAGACACAGCAACCGAACAACAUUCCUCAGUCACCCAAAUCCCUUUUCUAACUGCCCGUAUCAUUCGAUCUCAAUUCUCUUAUACCUUUCCAGUCUCCCCCGGCGAAAAGUUCCUCCGCCUUUACUUCUACCCGUCCUCCUACUCCAGUGGCCUCAAUACAUCUGAAUCUUUCUUCACUGUCACGGCUAAUAACUACACCCUGCUCAGCAACUUUAACGCAUUUCUUAUAGUUUCUGCCAAGAAAUUCGCACCUGCCUCCCUCAUUAAAGAAUUCAUCAUCAAUGUUCAGGGUAUGAAUCAAUUCCUCAAGGUUAACUUUUUGCCCUCUAUGAAUUCCUACGCGUUCGUUAAUGGAAUUGAAGUUGUUUCAACCCCGGACGACCUCUACAUGGGUAACCAUGACAUGUACGCUAAUCCCCUUAAGUUCGUGAAUUGUCCCAAUGUUCAGUUCGAGUUUGAUCAGAACAAGACUGCCUUCGAAGCUCUUUACAGGCUCAAUGUUGGAGGAAAUGAUGUUUCUCCGGUAUAUGAUAGUGGGAUGUUCCGAGAAUGGGCUUCCGAUGACAAGUUCAUCUGGGGCGGAGAUCGAGGAAAUCCAUUGAGCAAUAAUGAAAUUGCUAUCAAGUACACUCCGCAAACCCCAAAUUAUGCCGCGCCCCCGAUAGUUUAUGCUACCGCAAGGGCAAUGGGCCAGUUUAGCACCAGCUUCAACUUGAGCUGGAUCUUUCCCGUUGAUUCUGGGUUUCUUUAUCUCCUGAGGUUGCAUUUUUGUGAGAUCAAUCCUGAUUUGAUUACAAAGGAGAACCAACGGGUGUUCACAAUAUUCAUUAAUAAUAGAACAGCUGAGCCAGAGGCUGAUAUUAUAUAUUGGGCACAUGACCCUGGAAUCUCGAUUUUCAGAGACUACAUCGUGUAUGUUUCAAACCCACCAGAUGGUCGCCGGAACAAGCAAGACCUGUUUCUUGCUCUCCACCCAAAUCUUGACGUCAAGCCAAAAUAUGCCGAUGCAAUCUUGAAUGGCUUAGAAUUGUUCAAACUGAAUAGCUCCGAAGGCAAUCUUGCCGGUACCAAUCCUGGCAUUGCGGUGGAUCCCAAUUCCCUGGUGUCAAACACCAAGUCACCGAAUAAGGGGAGCAGCGGGAAAUUUCGGGUGUCUAUUGCUAUCGUGGGAGGGGUGGCGGGAGGGGCCGCCAUGGCUUUAACCAUAGGUUUCCGAACCCGGCUCCUCUCUAGGAGAGUAAUCCUCCAGUUUCCCGCAAUGCAUACUUGGAUGUCAGGCACAUGUAUUGAAUUUUUAAUCAAUGGUCCGACAACACUACUCAACUACAUGUUUCCCAACCAUGGUUAG